AUGCUCUGCAACCUCCAUCUGCCCAUGGAAACACGGUUUCUGGCGACAGUAACCAGCAGCAAGAAACAACAAGGACAAUCACAGGGAUCAAGGUCUUGGUUCUUCGCCUACAGCUCGGUCGUCGCUUCAGUCCUUUUAUUCUCCAUCGACAAUACCAUCGUCACAGACAUCCAACCAUUCAUCAUCGAGGCAUUUCAGGACACCGCAAAACUACCAUGGAUUGGUGUAUCUUUUUCUCUCGGGGCCAUCACGAUUCUACCUCUGGGUAAAGCGUACGGUAUAUUCAACAUCAAAUGGCUCUUCUUACUCUGUGUUAUCGUCUUCGAAGUGGGCAACGUGGUGUGCGGCGCUGCGCCCAACAUGAACACCAUCAUUGUCGGUCGUGUCAUCUCGGGGGUGGGCGGUUCCAGCGUCUACUCCGGCGCACUCACCUAUGUCAGCAUCAUGACGGGCAAAGAUGAGAGGCCGCUCUACCUCGCUGGCGGUGCCGCCAUGUGGGGUAUCGGAAGUGUCAUAGGUCCCGUUAUCGGUGGCGCUUUCGCCGUGAGCAACGCAACAUGGAGAUGGGCGUUCUACAUCAACGUCGUCGUUGCGGCGCUGCUCGCUAUUCCCUUCGCGCUUUGCCUGCCAAAUCACGAUCCGAUUGAGACUAUGUCGAUGGGCCAGAAAAUGCGCACCCAGGAUUGGAUCGGGAUCAUUACGUUUGCGGCUGGCAGCGCCUGCUUCACUAUGGCGCUGACAUUUGGGGGUGUGGUCUUCCCGUUUAACAGCGGCUCCAUCAUCACACUUUGGGUUAUGACGGGCGUUCUCCUCAUCGCCUUCAUCCUCGUUACCAUAUACUACCCCGGCGUGUCGUCCAAACACAGAAUGUACCCGGUGCACUUCAUCAAACGCAUGGAGCUCAACAUCUUGCAGGGAGACGAUGCCAUACUGGCUGCGGUUCGCAUCUUGUCCUUGAUCUGCAUGAUCGUUGCUUUUGCUGUCUUGAACGGUGCUCUUAUGCCGAAAUUGGGAUAUUACAUGCCCUGGUAUCUGUUUGGAAAUGCCACGAUCUUGGCUGGGUCCGCGCUCAUGUACACAAUCACUGCCGAGACGCCAACCUCACAAAUAUACGGCUAUACGGCCUUGAUAGGCGUGGGAAUAGGAUCAUUCCUGACUGCAGGAUUCGCUGUAGUGCAGGCUCUUGUUCCCGUCGCGGAUGUCAACAACGCCGUGGGUUUCAUGAGCAUCGGGCAAAUUUUUGGCGCAAUCACAUUCCUUGCCAUGGCAGGCCCCGUGUUCCAGAACGUUGGCUUCCAGAAAUUAAGCGCUAUCCUCCCGGCGGCAUCAGUCGAGGAGGUUCAAGGGCUCGCUGCCGGCACAAGCAGUGUGCUUUUCCAGAGUCUAAAUGGCGCAACCCGGAUCCAGGUCGUCGAACAAGUCACAUUAGCGAUGCGUAAUGGUUUCGCAGUGCUGAUAGCUGGAGCCGCUCUCGGAUUUAUUAGUGCCAUGUUUCUCAACCGUUGCCAGUUCCGUUCAGUUAAGCAAUGCGAAAACAGCAUUUCUUGUUUGCCAAGGGGUACCUGCCGCUAA